AAUCGCAGCUGUCAAACUCUAAGCCGACGGUCCACAAUCCCGGACUGUGAUGGGAAUCUUCAAGGAUCGUUAAUCCAACGGUUUAAAACUCAAGAUUUCGAAGCGAGCAACAAGAAGCUAUAUUUUUUUUGUUGGAAAAGAUUGGAUCAAACGAGCGUUAUCCCACGGAGAUAGAGAAACGCAGAAAACGACACGACUGAUACUCAGGUGUUUUUAGAUAAAAGAUGAGUACAUUGGAUGCAACCAGAGAAGAACUUGCUCUUGUAGUUUUGUAUUUGAAUAAGGCUGAAGCACGGGAUAAGAUAUGCAGGGCUAUACAAUAUGGUUCGAAAUUCCUAAGUAACGGGCAACCUGGCACAGCCCAAAAUGUUGACAAAUCAACCAGCUUGGCUCGGAAAGUUUUCCGUCUUUUUAAGUUUGUCAAUGAUUUGCAUGGUCUUAUUAGCCGUGUUCCUCAAGGAACUCCACUUCCUCUUGUUCUGCUGGGAAAGUCGAAAAAUGCACUUUUGUCGACGUUCUUGUUUCUCGAUCAAAUCGUCUGGCUUGGCAGAACAGGCAUCUAUAAGAACAAAGAAAGAACCGAGUUGAUCGGCCGAAUAUCGCUUUUCUGUUGGAUGGGUUCUUCAGUCUGCACCACCUUGGUUGAGCUUGGGGAGCUUGGAAGGCUAUCUAAAUCAUUGAGAAAGUUGGAAAAGAAUCUUAAGAACAGUGAUAAGUACCAGAAUGAGGAAUACCGUGCUAAGCUCCAAAAAUCAAAUGAGAGAACUCUAGCUCUUGUUAAAGCAGGACUGGAUAUCUUGGUCGCGGUUGGCCUUCUUCAAUUGGCACCUACGAAAGUCACCCCUCGUGUAACCGGAGCUCUUGGAUUCAUAACGUCUCUCAUCUCUUGUUAUCAGUUGCUUCCAUCACCACCCAAAUCCAAGGUAAACUGAAAUGGGAAGUCUGGUUUGCUCAACAAGCUUGUCAUUUAAAUAAGUUUAUAUUGGUACAAGAUUUGAAGAAUUUGUCAGCCUGGGGUGACCUGGAACUACUCUUCCUGUGUUAGCACCAUUGUUAUUGAAUCUCUUUUAGGGUUUCAACAAAAUAAUAGCAAUACACAUUACUGUUAUUUCUUCGCAUUUAUGAAUUUAGAUAGUGUUAUGGUC